GCACUGGUCAUUAUUCAUGACACUUCUUUUUUUGCUGCCUUGGCAAACUCGGAAGCAUAUGACCCACACACAACCUUUGGAUUGCUUAUUACUCUCUGUGAACCUGUCUUUGCUGAAUUUGAAAGAAGUUUCAGGGAUUGUCAAAUGGAUAAGUUUGACAUAGACUUUGUUAUCGACCUUUCAUGUGAGAUGCCCUAUACAUUCGUAGAUGAGGAUGCAAGGAAAGAAGCCUUUUGCUCACUUUUAAGUAAAUACCUUGGGGAGAUAUUCAUAUCUUAUAUCUUUGAAAAAGUUAGUAGAGUUGGGAAAGGUAGAACUACAGAUGACAGUAUCAUGUAUAUUAGGGGAAAUUUUGAAAUGCCUUUAUUAAACUUAGUAGUAAAACCAGAACUUGGAAUGGGACAAUCAUGUGCUUAUUUUCAGUCAUCAGCAUACUAUAUUGAAUUUAUCAGAAAGUUCAAACAGGAAGCAUCUCCUGUUCUCCAAUCUCAUCUACCAGUAUUUCUUCUGUACCUAACAGUAACAAUAGCUGGAAAAACAAUACAACUAACAUGUAUUGAUCAGAUAAGAAAACAUCUUAUCUUUGAGGCAUAUGUAAAUGUUGAGUCUGGGGACCUUAUAGGAAUGGUACACUCUGAUCUUGCACAGAAUGGUGGAAUUGAUCAUGAUGUUAGUAAUGCAAUCAUAGAAUCUGUGAAGCUGUUACAUAGUAAUGGUUUUGUGCAUGGAGAUCUAAGAAGUCCUAAUAUUAUGAUAGGAAACAAUAACCAGGUGAAAUUUUUAGACUUUGAAUGGGCAG